UCCCGGUGUCCUCUCGGGUCUUCGUGUUUUUCUCAGGUGAAGCGUUUCCCUCUCCGGCUGUAAACAUCCGGGCGUGUGCGCGUCGCCACCGGAAGUCUGUCCGUGUCUGUCACUCCUGUGCUCUUUCCUCCGCUUCCUGCUCGACCUGCUGCACUUCCUGGUUGGAAAACAUGGCUGAUGCGAGUGAGCAGCAGAAGUUCAGCUUCCAGGAGAUCCUCGACACCUUCAAACUGUGUCUGACUGACAGUAAGGAAGUGGAUCUCCAGCACUAUGUGGACGGCUGGCGAGGGCUCAUCAAGUUCCUGAACUGCUUAGGCAGCAUCUUUGGCUUCAUUUCCAAGGAUGCCUCCAGCAAGAUCCUCAUCCUGGUCGGCCACCUGAAUGGCGAGAACGGGUCCCAGUACGCCACCAUCCAGUCCAUGGUGAAGUACGAGCUGGAGAAGGAUCUGGUGGACGUGACCAAGAGAGGCAUCCACCAGGAGUCCGGCUGCCGCACCCUGCUGCGGCUCCACCGCGCGCUGAGGUGGCUGGAACUUUUCCUGGAGCGCCUCCGCACCAGCAGCGAGGAUGGCAAGACCUCGGUCAUGUGCAGCGAGGCCUACAACGAGUCCCUCUCCCAGUACCACCCCUGGGUGAUCCGCAAGGCCGCGGGCGUGGCGUUCCACGUGCUCCCCGGGCGUCCGGCUUUCUUCGAGGUGAUGAACGUGGGCCCCCCCGAGCAGGUGGUGGCCAUGCUGGGAGAAGCCAUGCCUCUAAUCUCUGAGGUUUACGACAUCACGGAGAAACUUUACGCUCAACAUAACCUCCUUGAUUUACCGUAGAGAGCGAGAAGGGCUGUUGUUUACCUCUUUAUACGUGACACUGUUAAUGACGUGUCCCUGGUGACGGGCUGGUGAGCGGGCUGCUACUAAGAGUUGUGUAUUAUCCGUUUGGUAUUGGGCACAAAUAUUUCCUCAUUAUUACGUUGACACUAGUCUGUUCCUACUGCAGAUCUGAAUGUAAAUCUACUGUUUACUAUAAUAUUGCAUAUUUGUCUUUACUUCUAGUGAUGCAUCUCUGAAUCAUCUGUUUAAUUCGGUAAAUUAUAGGCCGAUCGUUAUAGAUUUAGAAAAAUUGGCUCUGACAUGUUGAUAUCAAACCCCCUCAAAUAAGACUUGAGAAUUGAGGAUCGAUAUUUUACAGUUUAACCAUAAACUUAAUUAUAAUUAACUAGAAACAAAAAGUUAUUAAGUAAUUAAAAUUAAACAAAUGAAGAUCUUUUCUAUAUUGUUCAUUCUGUGAAAUAUAAGCUUUCAUAUUGUAAAACGUAAGCAGAUCCCAGUAUUUCCAUCAGGCUCUACAGAGAACUACAGUGGGAAUCAUUGAAGUGGGAAUCACUGCCAACAGCUGCUUGUUUUCAUUAUUUAUCCAAAAAAGAGGACACGCUGAUGCUGCCUCUUAAUUUAAAACACUGGGUUCUUAUUUAUUAUUUUGAUUUUGAAGGUGAUUUUCUUUAACGAUUGAUUGCGAAAAAAGAAAAUGGUUUCAGGGCUGUUUUGAUCCGACACCAAUCGUGAUUUGUACGUGUCAGUGAGAUGCUCGUAUUAGUUAAUGAAAUAUUAAGAAUACCUCUAAUUCGACCAGUGUUAUAAAACUGCUCCACAGACAAAAUAAAGUCCAAAUCCAAACUAAUUCAAUGGUGAAGAGAACAGACUGUUACACUAAGAAUCAAAAGUGCUGAACAAAGUGAAUCUUUAAAUAUCUACCGAACGCACAGAAUCAGAAAAUUCCAUUAAUUUUGUGUUGAAUUAAAUGAAAAGUUCAGUUGUUGUUUUAUUUUCUAUGUUCUUUGAGCAUUUUUUUUAUUCCAAAUGUGAAGCACAAACAUCCAGUGUUGGUUCUGCUAAUGUACAUGAAGUGCAUGCUGUAUUGUUACAUGCAAAGUACUGUAUAUUGUUUAUAUAUUACUAUGAAUUCAAACAGAACUCGCCUCCAAUGCAGCUCAAUAAAACAAAUACGUUAAAAUAUA